AUGGCCGACAACGAAGAUGGAUUAAUUGAUAUAGUAUUUAGAGUAGGGGGUGCUUUUGUUACUAAACAAGUGUCAAAAUCAAAGCAUUUGCUUUGUUGGUGUGGUGGGUUAUGUUAUUGGAGGAGGGAUGUGGUAGUGGAUAAGAUAGAUUUGCAUUAUUUGAGGGUAGCUGCUGUGCAUGGGUUUGUGAACUUUAAUGUCCAUGUCCCACCUAACUACAGACUUUGGUAUAAAGAAAGAGGUAGGACCUUUAACACAGGGAGAAGGGAGUUAGUAAAUGAAGAGGAAGUGAAGGGGCUGCUGGAGACAGUGAAUGGGGAAGGGUAUGUUGAAGUAUUUGUGACUGCUAAUGAAACAUUAAGGCCCAUACAUGAGAUCCAGGCCCAGUCCACUCCAGUAAAGGCUGAGAGAAAGGGGAAGAAAAGUUCAGGUAAGCCUGCUGUAGUUAGGAAGAGCCCAAGAAUUAACAAAAAUGAGCAAGAGAGCAAUAUGCUAGGGUAUGGGAUAUAUGGGAAGGCUGUACUGAAAUACAACCCUGGGUCUGGUUGUAAUGUUGUGAUUGAUGGCAUUGAAAAGCCUGAGCCUCCCUUGUUUAUGAGGAUGUUUAUUUGUUUAAGGCCUUUGAAGGAUGGGUUCUUGAAGGGUUGUAGGCCAAUUAUAGGGGUGGAUGGCUGCCACUUGAAAGGAGGUUAUCCAGGCCAGAUUUUAGUUGCAGUCUCCAAGGAUGGGAACAACAGCAUUUACCCCAUUGCUUGGGCAACUUGUGAGGUUGAAAACAGGGAGACUUGGGACUGGUUUCUGGAAUCCUUGAUGCAAUGCAUUGGAAGUGCAGAUGGGGCAGGCUUCACCUUCAUGUCAGACAGGCAGAAGGGACUGGUUGAAGCUCUGUCUGAAGUUGUGCCUAAUGCAGAGACUAGGUUCUGUGUUAGGCACAUUUGGGCAAAUUUCAAGUUGAAGUUCACUGGAUCAGUUUUCAAAGAGCUCUUUUGGAGUGCUGCAAGAGCAACAACAUUUGUUGAGUUUCAGAUAGCCAUGCAACAGAUUAGGGAGCUUGAUGAGGAUGCUUACAAUUAUUUGGAGAACAUCCCCACUCAUCACUGGUGCAGACAUGCAUUCAGUGACAGUUGCAGGUCCAACAUGUUACUAAACAACAUGUGUGAGACUUUCAACUCUGUUAUCAGAGAUGCAAGAGACAAACCUAUCCUCACCCAAAUGGAAUGGAUGAGGAGGUACAUGAUGAGGAGAAAUAAUGAGAAGUGGGAGGACUCCAAGGAAAUCACAACCAACGUCACUCCAUAUGUGCAUAAGCUAUUUCAGAGGAUGAGCUAUGUGGCUAGGAAUUGCAUAAUUGAAGCUGCCAGGGAUGACACUUAUGAAGUGCAGCUGAAUGAUGACCAGGUUCUAGUUGACUUGCCAAAUUGGUCUUGUUCUUGCAAUCACUGGCAAUUAACAGGCAUCCCAUGUAUUCAUGCAUUUGCAUGCAUAAUGGAUCAGAGGGUUGAUGCUGAGCAGUUUGUCCACCCCUAUUACACUAUGGACACUUACAGAGCAGCAUAUGAGCCUGCAAUUCAACCUAUGCCAGGCCCAAAGCAUUGGGAGAGAGUGAACAUGAGAGAGCCUCAUCCACCAGUAUUCAAACAGCAGCCUGGAAGACCUAAACAGAAGAAGAGGAAGCUGGAACCUGGGGAGGGAACAUCUGCAACAGGAGGGGAGCAGGGAAGAAAGAGGAGGAAAAGUCAGUGUAGGAUUUGUGGUGGAUUUGGCCACUAUCCCAAGACUUGCAAGGGCCCACAUGAACCUGAACCAACUGAGCAGAGAACUGCAGGAAGGCCUCCUUUAAAUGUACCUUGGGUAGUUGAGCAAAGGAAGAAGAGGGAGAUCAAAGCUGCUAAGAAGAGUGCAAUAGGGGCUGGUCCAAACAGCAUUGGGAAUAGGACUUUUCCCCAAGAGCAACCUGGCUGUGAACCAUUGAGUAAGAGGAAAGGUUCACACAGUCAACAAGGGCAGCCACAAGCCAAGCAUCACACCACCCCCUCUUCCAGCCAACCUGAACCCAAUGCUACUGGAGUGCAGACAAGGAGGGCUAAGCUGCUGACUUCCAGACAAGGAGGGCUGACACAAUGAUGUUUGAAUUGUUUUUCUGAACUUUAGUUGUUGGUUGUAUUUUCUGAACAAUCAGUUGCAAUAUUUGUAGCUUUACUUUUGGGUAUAGGACAAGGAUCCUGUUUUGUUAAAUUUAUACUUUGCUGUAAGGCUUUACCAGCCAAUUUUGUUAGGCACUGCAACAACAAAUUUGAUCAACAACUUAAAUGCAAUAUCAACUACUUAGGUACUUACUUAA